UUUUUUUCUUCUGUCACCCAUAGAGGACUUCCGCUAUGCGGAGUGUGCAACCCGAAAAUGAAGUUCCGAAAUUUUCUAUUGUGAAGUAAUCGCAACCCCGUGACACACCUUGCAUCACCAUGGACGCCAAAGGCAUGGACCAUCAAUCUGAGAACGGAGACACGGAAAAUGCAGAAGAGGGGACCUUGUUGCUGCAGCUACGCAAAGAGAAGGAAACGAUGGAGACAGAGUUUGGGCUAAAGAGGGCAAAGUUCAAGGAACUCUUCAUGCAGAAAGAAGAGGAGCUCCAGGCAGAGCGGCAGCAACGAGAGGCCCUCGGGGAGAAGCUGCAUGCGCUUCAGAGGGACCUAGAUGAAGCCCGGUCGCUCCUGCUCGUGGCCCAGUGUGAGCAGGAGAACGAGCUCGAGGCCGAGCGGCGCCGGCACCGGGAGGAGAUGGCCUCGCUACAGCACAUCCUCAAGGAGAACACAGAGGAGGCCCUGCGCAGCUCCGGACGAUACGAGAAGGAAUUGGUGCGCUACAAGAAGCACUCCGAGCGGCUUGAGCAGGAACUUCACGAGCUCCGGGCACAGCAGGCCCAGGACAGGGAAGGCGUGCUGGCGGUGGUGACCAAGUCCCUAAAGCAGAAAGUGGGCAAUCUCAGUCCUAACCCCUUUUCCUCUUCCAGCGACAGCUCCGUCGAGAACCUCGAGGAGAGCAUGCGUAAGGCACAAGAAGAUGCGGAGAUGCUUCGGUCUCUGGUGGUGCCCCUGGAAGAGGAGAUUAAGGCCCUCAAGGACAAGCUUCGGUCGACGGACGAGCAGUUGCACGUGUACGAAGCGGCCUUCACAGGCCUCGUCCACGGCCUUGGCUCGGGCACGCUGGGCGACGCGGUGCGGGGUGGUUCGCCUGCCGAAAUUCUCUCCCAUCUUGACGACAAGUUGACCAGCUUGUGCAAGGGACUGCAGGCAGAGAAGGCAUCACGCAGUGACCUGGAGAUGUACGUGGCGGUCCUCAACACCCAGAAGACGGUCAUGCAGGAAGACAUGGACCAGCUGCGCAAGCAGUUUCAGGAAGUGUGCAACCUGCUGGAACGAGAGAAGAGGGAGCACAGCUGCCUGAAGCGCACGUGGCAGAUGGCCAACGACCGGUUCCUGGAGGCCCAACAGGCUCACGUGCGGGACCUGGCGCGCCUCCAGGCGGUGCUGACGGCCGACCAGCAGCGUCACCUGGCACACCUGCGCAAAGUCGACGUUCCGCCGACGAGUCCACGGAAGAAAGAGGGAGAGAAUGCUGUGGCAUUUGCCGCUACUACCACAGGCGCAAACUCUGAGCUAGUCCCCUGCCCACUGCAAGAACCCGAGUUGCAGGAGGCCUUGCAUUCUGUCUCUCCGCUGCCCACAAGCAGCCCCAAGGCUGGCCACAGGUUCAUGGCCUUGGAGCCCCGGCUAUUCUCCAAAGCAAGCACCCUCCCGGGAAGGAAGUCGAACGACCAGCGUAUGCGAAGCUCCCCGGCCGACCUGAAUGCCUGCAAGGCUUCCGCGACCCUCCUGGCUGCGAAGCAGAACCACCGGCGAUCCCUGUCGAGCUCCGACCUGCCCUCCGACACCGACAACUCUCUAUCCGUUCCAGCCAUGAAGGGAACAGAAGACACUCGGUCACUGGGGGACUACAGUGGGGCGGCUAUCACCACCGGCGGCAUCGGCUUGACAGGAGACCAGCUCAGUGCACUCUCUGAUGCAACACCCGAGAUGGAAGCCCGCAAGUCCUUGAUGGAAGUUGCUCGCACGGACUAUGACGACGGACUCGGUGUCGGCAAGCGAGUUGUCAGCGAUAAGGAAUGGAGGCUACUUGAAGAGGAGCUAAAGCGGCUGCGAGAGCGCCUCUGCCAGCCGUGUGAGAUGUGCAGCAACUACGAGCUGCAGUUGCAGCAGGUGCAGCGGGACUUGGACCGGCACACCAAAGAGCUGGCCACAGCCAGGCAGGACCUGAGCCGGGAGCGUGACUACCGGCAGCAGCUGGAGCAGCGUUUCGCCGACUCGGCCACCGACGUUCAGCAGCAGGUGUCCGAGCUGCAGUCCCGCCUGGGAGCCUCUGAAGCGGCCCUCGCGGAGACCCAGCAGGCGCACGCCGAAUGCUCGCAGCGUGCGAAUGAGGAACUGUCGCGGCUGCAUGCACAACUGGUGAGCGUGCGAGACGAGGCCGAGAAGUUGAGUCGGGAGAACCAGCAGCUCCUGGGACGGUACGUGGCCAAGGCCAGGCAGCUGCAGGACCAGCCCAUCAACCUGCCCGACUCUCUAGAGGAGCUUCGCUUCCAGUGCCUGCAGUUGCAGGAGGACCUGAUCAAGGUGCAGCUAGACAAGGAGACGCUAGAGGAAAACCUCCGGGGCCAGAUCCUGUUCCUGCGCGACCAGGCCAGUGCGGAGAUGAACUGCAAGCAGGAGAUCGAGCGCACCCUCACCCACGAGGCCGACCAGCUACGCCGGCAGCUAGACCAGCUAAUGGGCAUUCGUGAACAGCUGGAGAAGGAGCGGCAGCUUCGAGAGCAAAAAGAGAAGUCUCUACAGGCAUGCGAAGCGCGGCUGGCCCAGUUGACGAGCCAACUGGACGAGCGGGUGGUGUCGCUGCAGAGGGGCCAUGACCAGCUCACAACCACAAAGGAGAAACUGGAGGAAGAGGUUACGCGGCUGAGAGGACGAGUGCAGACCUUGCAGACGGAGCUUGACAACAGCGAGGCAGUCCAGCGGGACUUUGUCAAGCUGUCACAGUCACUCCAGGUGGAGCUGGAGAAGAUCCGGCAGUCUGACAGUGAAGUCCGAUGGCAGCACGAAGAUGACGUGAAUGAAUGCAACGGCUGCAAGAAGGGCCUGCACUCUCGCAAGGAAAAGCCGCACUGCCACCACUGUGGAAAGAUCUUCUGCACCGAAUGUCUUGGCCGGGUAGUGCGGUCGGGUCCGAAGCUGCGCCCCUUCGCGGUGUGCAACGUCUGCCACACCCUCCUCGACCGAGACACUGCACCCUACUUCAGCAGCGAGCCUCCUCAAACUCCCAGCUAGGCAUUUUAUUAUUAUUUUUGAGCCUCUCUGUUAUCUCAUCGCACCAUUUCCACCUCGGAAGAGUCGGCGGGUGAAGUGCCGAGAAGCUUGUCACGUCUUCGCCGUUCUCCUUUCAAGAGAGGAAAAAACUGGUCAACCGUUACGUCGCCUCCGCUCAUCCAACGGACUGUAACACGACGUUGGAGCGCACUUUUGUCAUCGCAAAGCUGUGGCGCCCUGUAUGUGAUGCAAGCAAGUGUGUGUUGUGUCUGAUCGGGUAGCGUGUUUCUCUGUCCACGCGAGUUCUUCCAUCGUUGUUGUCGGGCUCUGUCGCAUAGUUGGGGUGCUAUGUAUUCUACCGCUGGGAGUGUCCCGGCAUUUAGGCUACUUGUGUGCGAGAAUGCCGAACGGGCCGUUUGAAAAAAACGCCGGUGAACUGCCUUCUGCGCCUAAUUAGCAAAAAAAAAAAAGUCCUUUUAGCAGCUAUACAUCGUAGGCACCUACUUGCUGCCAGUAUCGUUUAACUUCUUUCAUCUCAUUUUUUUAUGACAUCGUGCACUGUGGUGUUGCUUGACAAAGGCUGCAGUCUGUGCGACUAACCUUUUGUGCCCUUCUACGUUCUUCUAUAUAGACAAGGGCCUCUUGAGGUGCAACUGGUGUUUUCUGGCACUGAAAAAAGAUUGGUGUCAACUGCGAGAAUGACGUUUGUUUCCUGUAACAUAUGGCUGUUAGUAAAUAUAGACAAAGGUGCCCCUUGUAUUUAGGCAAGCAUCCCAGCAACUGGCUAAACCGCGUUCUAAAAGAAAAAAAAGAAGAGAAACCUGACCUAUGCAUUUGGCAUGUGUUUCACUCGGGCCGCCCUUAUGUCUGUAGCCCGUCGUUUUGGAUGUCUGGCUUUUAUCUGACAAGCCAUCUUUGGUGACAACCUGACUAACAUUAUGCCAGUGUGCAUUUUUUUGUGAGACGUCGGCAAGAUGUCGACAAACUUGCGCAAGCAACCUCUUGUGAUGAGCGAGCACACGUUUUAUAGGAGCACCGCGGCUUUCGUUUUCACGAGAAAAUGCACGAAAGCGGCAGUGGUUUGCACAUGCAGACGAAGGCCGAUGGUUAGAUGUACAGAAUCACUGUUUGCAAACUGUUUUAGGUCAGCUGAAGCCCAGAGAGUUCUCUGAGAGUGUUUCUCGGCCUGCACAUUUUUGGGCACCUGUUACUAAUCUACUGUUUGGACGAACACAUCUAGCAGCCACGUGGCAAAACACUAUUCCUUGAAGUGCAUUUCUGAGCUGUUAUUUAUUCUCUAGUAUAGAAAAUGGUUACUUCUAGUGGAGCUCGCUAUUUAUGUUUCUCAGAGUUCCAGGUCUGCAACCUGGCGUAUGAUUUUAAGUUCCCUGUAUGUGCUUGUGUUAGAAACUGGCUCGGACGUUGCAUUACCUGUCGUGCUGCUCUCUAUUUGGGAUGGUUUGCAUUAUUGAAGGACUCUAACAGAGUUCAAGUUCUUUGAUUUUGCUAAUUGAGGCUUUGUGUGGAAGUGUGUGUGACGGUUUGUGUGGCAGCUCCAAAGAUAUCACGUUUUUGUUUUAGGAAGAUGGUGACAAGAGUGGAACUGGUCAGAAAAAGGUUUGCUCCUGUUUAUAGGCAUAUUCAGAUAUGUAAAUACGCGUUACGCGCACGGUGUGUUAGUAUCGGUGUGGCAAAUGUAAUUGCUGAAUGUCAUGGGCCCAUGCCUGCUCCGUUCGAGUUUUGCGAGCAUCUCCGUUGAUGAGUCUGCGUAAGCAGAUAUGCACACCACUUACCUGGUGAAACAAGAAAUGUUUUCUUUAGAUGCCCCUCCCUCUUCCAAAGUAUUCAGUACAGUGGCCACAUGUGGCUGUAGCCAACCUCUUGACUGUACACUGAGGAGACUAUGCAGAUAGCAUUCUCAAACAUAAAUGCUCUCUGCGGUCGGGAGCGUUAUAUUUCUGGUGCCUUGGCAUGUGCGCCAGGUCACGACCCAGGGACGGUGCUGGUUGUAGAGAAUGAAACUUGCGUAAUCUGGACGAAAGGGGCCUGUACCCCUGCUAUCUCUUGCAUACUUGUGUACGACAUCCGUACAAAGCGUAACUUCCCAACUUAUCGUUUUAAGAAGCGUUAGAAGGAUUUUAACUGAGUGGCAUAGUACACGUAAUGGCCGUCGCUCGAUCGAACAGUUACCGUGUUUAUUAUGGUUUAAUAUGCACUUGUCCGAAGAAUAUUGUUGGCUAGGAGUGAUGGUGACAUGUUCACUAGUCGAUGCAAAAGUGGCACUCAGAACAAGAAGAGUGGGCAGAUUUCUGUUGCUUUUGCAUGCGAAAAUGCAUGUCAUAGUUAUGUUUCAAACUAUGCGGAAUACUCGCACAAAACCAUUGCAACCUGUCUCUCGGUAUAUUAGCUACACUUUAUGGCUCAUUCCUAGCCUGGCUUGCUAAAACAUUUCAUUGGUUGACCUAACUGUUCUUUCUGUCCUACUUGAGCAAAGUGUACUCAUGCCUGUAUCUGGGUUUUGUCGGUGCAGUGCAUUGUUGCAUUUUCAGAGCUGGGCUUGUACCAUGAUUUUGUACUUGUCCCUGGUUCCCAUACUAACGUCGUUUCGUGAACGUUUGCUUACAACAUUUUUUUUAAUGACCCAGGCAGGAUCCAACCAGCUAAUUAUGAUGGCAACCAGGGAAUCAUCUUUUUACUUUGGUACUUUCCGGCUGCAGUUACAUCGUUUUUUUAACCUUAAAGGGCCCCUAAACCAUACUGAGGCUGAAAUUUAGUUGAAGUGCUGCAGUUGUGCACGGGUUUACAACAAACGUCGUGUAACCACGAGAAUUUUUCGAAAUGGUGCCGUAAUUGCGGAGUUACAUGCGUUUGAUGAUGAAAUGUGGUCCUCACUCAAUUAACUCUUUCCUUUGCUAUGCUCUGUUCGUUUGCUCGUCUCUCCUCAUGGACGAGUGUUCCUCCUCACUGUGCAAGGAGGAUAAGCAGGGAGCGCGCUUAUCUGCAGGCGGACAAAUAUGGCUUUCUUCUGCUGCUGAUAUGACCAGAUUCUACUGGUGACGUCCCGGCCAAUUCUAGGGAUACCGAAAGGCACGGAGAACAGCACAGGAUUUUUUUUUUUUUUUUGCACUUCCUUGAUGCGUAACACUGCCGCCUUUGGCACCACUGCUCAUGACGCCAUUCUGAACUCGAUGGGUGCGUUGACUUGAAAUGUUAAAACAAAUAGCGGAGGUGGAUUAAGGGCCCUUUAAAAGAGCAGUGUGAACUACAAUAGUUCCGAGCGAACUACAAGAGCGACCUGCAAGGGGCAAACCGAUUGGUAAGAAAUUGCCUUUAUAGGCUUGUUAGCACAGCUGGGUAUGUAACUUCCUUCGCUUGUGAACUGUAAGGCCAUGCCAGGCUAUCAUAAUGCACAUUGCAUCUUUGAAAAGAAACCUUUCGUAUUUGACUUUCUUUUUUAAAUCUUUUCCAUGUGAGAGUGUGUAUAUAUGUGUUUCUUUCCUAUCUGUUUAAAAAAAAAGCUUUGUGAUAGUAUGACCUCUACUGCACGUAGAUGGUGAAUGAUUUUAGAUUUUGUCUGUGUUGGGAUGUGUUGGUGUGCUGGCAAGCAUUUCUCCUUUCUCCUCUUUCUUUUUCAUUUCAGUUGGGUUAGAGAAGCUGUGUAUCUUAUAGACCCAUGUGCGGUGUCAACAUGAAUUGUAAAUGCGAAUGAAGUGAAGUCAAUAGAAAUGCACCUUUGUGUUACCAUACUUUCUCACAUUUGUGAAAAGGGCACGAUGUAGGAGCCGAUACGUGUUUUUAGACCACGUCAUGUGUUAUAGACUGCAGCAGGGACUGUUUGUUGCAGUUGAAUGGACGGUGUCCCAAUUGGCUUUUUGUUUUAAUUGGAGGCUGGUGUCAAGCAUGUCGCUUGCAUCUAGAUUUAAAAUGAGAAAAACAAUUUUUUUUCUCAUAUCAGUAAAUUACUCUUUCAUAAUACCAAAAACACCAUGCUUGCUCAAAGAAGACAUUCGGAAAGCAAAAAAACACCCCCCAAAACAUUGGGGGUGGCGACGACACAUAGAAGUUUCCGCGCCAGCCACCGUGAUGUCAUUGACUUUGGCAGUGUCUGCUAAGGUCUAUGUAGCUCCCAAUCUGUAAAAAUAAGUACAUUGUCUUCUGAAGGAGCCAGAGACUGAACGUAUCAAGUUUCAGGAAAUUUUGUUGAGGAAAUGUGGCCAAGAUACGAAAAAACACUGAAAUUUGUCAAGUCACCAUAGGGGAUUUCGGCCUGAAAUUUAAGAGUGAGACUUUUGACAUUGAUUUUCUCAUCUAUUAAACCUUCGGUGGUAAAAUUAACAACACUAGAGUAUUCAAAGCGUAAUUUAUCAAUAUAAUCUAAUUUAUUGUUGGACUUUAGUUUGAAGUUUCCCUUUAACUGCAAAUGAGGGGCUUUUACAUAGCUGGAUGUGCAAACAGCAAACAAGUGAUCGUAAGACCUGCUAUGCGCAAUUACACGACAGUCUGACAUGCAGUAUAAUAUGUGGCUUGUUUCUGAGCAUUGUGUAGCCUAUGACGUGCACUUUGUACUAGGCUGAAUCUCAUCACCGUUACAAACGCGGAACAAAUGUGGGAACGCCACAAAGCAUGCCAUUCGCUUGUGACACGUGUGAAUCGAUGCCAGUAGUACAGUCUUCGUGCCUUUACGGCACCAUUUAUAUGGCGCAAAAGUUUGUCAGUUGCUUCAAACUGCUGGUUUUAUUAUUCCACAAUUUGCUGCACAUGAAGCCACUUGUUGUUCGGAUUAACUGGUCCACAGGUCAGAAUUCUCCGUACGGGCAAUGCUUGUUCAUGUUUUAGUCUGUUAGGGAAUACGUUUUUCUUAAAACAUGCAAUAUUAGCCGAUGGUUUCCCUCUUCUGUUCAUUUUAUUUUAUUUUUUUCAUUUUAGCAUUAUAUUUGUUUUGCAUGUAAUCUGGGCAUUGCUAUUUUCCUGAGCAUAUGUCAUAAAACACUGCACUUUAGUACUCCCACAUUUUUCAGUGCAACAGGUGUUUGUAGCCUGAUAGGGCCAUUACACAAAACAUUUUAGCAGGAGCGUGUGUGCAGAGGUCGCGCUGUAAUGUCAUAUUCUGGUUGACAGAGGGCACACAAAGCAACCAGUUAUUUAGGUCAAUAUGCAGGAGUAUGUCUAAGCUUGCAGAUACCACAGUGAAGGGGCAAUGAGAGGAGGCACAAACUGUAAUGUGGUCUCCAAAUAUUUUAGCCAAGUAAUUUUAGUCUUUUUUUUUUUCUCUUGUUAAGGAGCACAAUCUUGUUUAGCUGCACCAUUCAAACUAUUGACAUCGUGUCGAUGUUGAGGAUUUGCUGCAAGCUCAGUUGCUGUCAUUGUCAAGUAGCCUUACACCUGCUACAAAGCUUUGGCAACUCAUUAUAAUUACAUUACUCGACAAUUUAUGCAGUCCUCGGGGGCUCGCUUGUAUCAUACAUUUCAGCGUCCUUGACGCAUGGUGACAGAGUUCUUUAAGAAGCUUAAAAAUGUUGGUGUGAGCAAGACAUGAACAUGAAACCGCUGGAGUGUUGUGUUUUGGAAUGGAAUCAAGGUUUCUUGUCUUGCGCAAAUUUUAGCACGUAGCGUUUUACUUUGUGCGUGUUCUUUUUAUCGUACAGAGUGCACAGUGUCUGCACUCUUAUUUGCAUGCACAACAUUUAGACAAGAUGUUUGACUCAGCAAACUUUAAUUAUCACUCAACUUUAUAUUGAGGCCAUGUGGUUUUUGUUUCUUUUGAUGACAAGUUGAUUCGAGUGGUCGGGAACUUUGACAUUUUGCUACAUGUGGGACGAGAGAGAACACAUUGGAAAACGAAAAUGUGAAUACGGUGCUGUGUUUAUGGAAAUGGACAGUUGAAUGAGUCUUUGCUGUAUGCACUUUUGUGACUGUGUGCAAGCGUGGGUCAACAAUCGAAUCUUGUCUUGCCGUUACUUCCGAAAUGUGCAUUUAUAGUGGCCAUCCGUUUUGGCUGUUGCGCUUGUGCUUUUUAAAUAGGAAGAUUACCGAACACUGUAUCUCAGGCAUUUCUGCCUUUUUCCGACCUUGUUCGCAACUCUUUUGAAUGUUCCAAUCUCAAGUGCUAUCUAUGCUAAGGUGAAAUACUGGAUCAACAUUCUAGAUCACUUUCUACAUUGUCUUCGUGCAUCUGUCAGUUAAAGUUACUUGAAUGUGCUGCCAAGUGGUGGGCAGUGGGAGAAGGGCUGACUCGUAAUGUGGCCUCUGAGAUUUCGUGUGCCCAUUCCAGAUCUCUGAGGCUAAGGGCACGAUGGAGGUUCAAACAGUGAGAAAAGAAAGAUUUCAACUUGAAAAAGAGCUGAACAAAAAAAACCACUGUCAACAUGCUCAGGUUUCAGAUGGAGUGAGUUGAUAGCGUAAGGAUGAACAACUGGUUCGUGCCAAUCUCUGAGGCCAUGCCACAUGCGACAAACAACAAACAUUGCAUGCGAUCACUCCGCGUUGUCUUCUGCCAUGUCGUGGCACACGAGUGAAUUUUUUCUGUGGGCAUGGAAGGCAAUGGAAGAGCUCUUGUAGCUUUAACGCAGGCUUAGAAAAAUCAACUGAGCAAUCUAGUGACUUUCAAACUGGAUUUUGUGGACUUCUAAUGUUGUGUUGACUGCAUUGUGCAAGGCGGGGCGGUAGAUUGUACGUAUACAACACGGUAAACUUUUUAUUUUUGGGAGAUCUACAUGAGGUCGGUGCACAAGCAUUUCUUGCUCUGUCGUUUUCGAUCUAUUGCUCAUUUGCUUAAGCGUAUGCUAUAUUUUAAUUGCUCAACUGUUAUAUGCCAGGUUGAUUGUUGAAUACAGUGGUCUUUCACUUGUUUCAUUUUUUUAGUGAAAAAAAUGCAGAAGCAACAAUUAUCUCGUCACAAAAGGCUGAUUCUGCUCUAUAUUUCCGCACGUUUGUACACCGUUAGGUUAUGUCAAUAUUUUUGUUUGUAAAUAGAGCACUUCAGAAGUCCUGUGACGAGACUAUUUAAAAUUUUCUUUUUUGACGCACGGGAACAUAGGAAUGGGGGUGAACUCGAGUUUUGAAAUUGUGAUUGUGUCAAGAGGCGAGUUCUGAACCACCGGUGAUUUGCAGACGAGAUGUGCUAUACAAUCUAGGAUGUUUUAAAGAUGCACGUCUGACUUGUAUGUGUGGGAUUUUGCAAAAUUUCAUCAUCCUUGUGUCGCGUCGUAGCAAAGAUGUGUCACCUGGGUAUGUUUUCUAUUUUUAUUUGUGGUUUAUUGUGACUGUAAAUAUGUACAGAAUGAAAAUCAAGAAAAAAAAAUUGUUCUCUGUGCAUUA